UUUUUUCACUAAAUACUGAAUCAGUGUUUAAGGGCAUAGUAAAGUUUGUGUUCCUUCCUAAAAAGAACAAACCUAUGGAUACAUCUCUUAAACUACUUGCUCUGGCAGUGUUCUAAACAGAUGGAUCAGCUACCUAGAACUGAACAUUUUAGUUACUUUCCUGUCCAAGGCAACAAUUAAUCUGAGGUGUUGACAGUUUUGCAGAACCCCUCAGGAGUGCAAAAUGAAUCAGGAUGCAAUAAAAUCUUCAGAAACUGUAGAGACAUUGGCUGAGGUGCCUCAACAUGUACUUAGGGGGCUUCCUGAGGAAGUGACACUUGCACCUUCUGAAGUAGAUAAGACUCGACUUGGUAUUUGGACAAGGAAGCAAGUUCCAAAGGGAAAGAAGUUUGGGCCAUUUAUUGGUGAAAAAAAGAAGCGCUCUCAAGUAAAGAACAAUGUGUACAUGUGGGAGGUCUAUUACCCAAAUUUGGGAUGGAUGUGCAUUGAUGCUACAGAUCCCCAGAAAGGCAACUGGCUGCGCUAUGUAAACUGGGCUCGCUCAGUGAAGGAACAGAACCUAUGCCCUCUUGAAAUAAAUAGAGCAAUUUACUACAAAACCUUAAAGCCAAUUGAGCCAGGAGAGGAGCUCUUAGUCUGGUACAAUGGGGAAGACAACCCAGAGAUAGCAGCUGCUAUUGAGGAGGAGAGAGCUGCCAGCAACCGGAGCAAGAGGAGCUCACCGAAAAGCAGAAGGGGCAGAAGGAAAUCUGUUAAUUAUAAAAAGAGAAUAGAGCUAAAUAAACAAGAAAAGAAAGCAUUACCAGAAAUCAGCGGAACUGAAAUGAAGGACUCACCAGAAGCCGCUAAAGAAGACGAUGCAAAACCACUUGGUUCACCAGUGCUGUCUCUUGAACAAACCGCUGUAAUCCAACAAAUGGUGAACCAGAACGUCCUUCCAGAACUUAUUUCCAUCUCCACUCCAGAAGUACAGAAAUUACAAGACCAGAAAACUCCUGAGGCAGCUAUUGCUGGGCAGGAAUUUGUUGAUGAUUUUAAUAAAGAAAGUUCAGAACGCGACUCUGUAAACCUAGAUGACGACCAGUUAGAAGCACUAGAUGAUUUUAAAAGUACAUCUGAUGAAACUCCAGAAAGCUCCCCCAAAAAGAAACCAGCUGCUAAAUUCCCUAAAGCAAAGGGGGAAGUGAAUGGGGAAUUUUCGGAAUCUUUUAUGUUCCCAUGCCAGCAUUGUGAACGCAAAUUUACAACCAAACAAGGACUAGAGCGGCAUAUGCAUAUUCAUGUUUCAACUGUAAACCAUGCUUUCAAAUGCAGAUACUGUGGGAAGGCAUUUGGCACACAGAUUAAUCGCAGGAGACAUGAACGACGCCAUGAAGCUGGUCCAAAAAGAAAGUCUUUAAUUUUAUCUUCAACCAGUGAAUUCAGUCAAGAUCACAAACAUAUUAUUGAUUCUUUGAAAGCACCUGAGGAACACAACAGUUCUAAGCUUAACUAUAAGUUAACGGACUCUGACAGAGAAGCAUCACUGUCUGGUCUUGCAGAAGAAAAUGGAGACUCUAGGGAACUGCAUCCUUGUAAAUAUUGUAAGAAGAUUUUCGGAACUCAUACAAACAUGCGUCGGCAUCAGCGCAGAGUUCAUGAGCGCCAUCUUCUUCCAAAAGGGAGAAGAAAAGGAAAUCUAUUUGAAGAUCCUCAGCUAAAAUCUGAACAAACUCCACCUGUUGAAAAUAUAUAUGUAGCAAAUACAGAAAUUGAAGAAGAUGGGGAAGCUGAUGACAUAUACAUAAUGGAUAUUUCCAAUAAUAUAACAGAGAAUCUGACAUACUAUAUUGAUGGUAAAAUACAACCCAGCAAUACAAGCACUUGUGAUGUAGUUGAAGUGGAAGCUAACUCUUCAGAUACACUGGGUAUUGGUUGUCUAAUUACUCCAAUUAAAAUUGAAGUCUCUCAGAACAUUAGACCAUUGCAAACUGCAUCAGAUAAUUCACUUGGCGAUUCCACUUGUAGUGGAAAAACUGAACCAAAAAAGAGAAGAACGAUUAGUCCACCUCUACUAUCAAAGAUAAAAACUGAGGUGGAGGUUGAGCCAAUAACCCCUUCUUGCUCUUUAAGCAUACCACUAAGUGUUUCAGUAGGAGAUAAUUUACCAUUUCAAAAAGACAAAGGUGCAUUCCUGUCUUCAAAACUGAAACAACUCCUUCAAAUGCAAGAUAGUAGAAAGUCCCCUCUCAGUCCAUCUCUACUUUCAGAGGUUCCUAAAAUCAUCCCUGCUGUGUCCUCUCUGUCAACAGGAUCUAACAGAUUUAAAAGACGCACAAUCUCUCCUCCUAAUUCUCCACAACACAGCCCAGCUCCUAAAGAGUUUGUUAAGCAGGUGGAUGUGAAACCAUCUUGGAAUGAUGGUGUUUGUUCAAAAAUACCAAAGUUAGAAAGCCAGGGUAGUUCACCUGUUUGGAGUUUGUCUGGCAGAGAGGAGAAAGAUGAUGCAAGCCCUAUGUGCUCAGAAGAUUCAAAAAUGUGUAGAAAUUGGACUUCAGAUGUAGUGUUUGGAAAUGUUUUCAACCAACAGCCACUGGAUUUAUCUAGCGGUGUAAAACAAAAAUCAGAAAGCAGUAGCCGAUCACAGGUUCCUUGGGAGGCUGUUCUGGAUCUUCGUGUUGCUAAAAAGCCCUUGAGUGACACAGAUGUGAAGGAGUACAAAGGGAGUAAUAUAUGUAUUGGUAUCAAAAAGAAGAAACCAACGACAUGUAUGUUAAAGAAAGUUUUAUUAAAUGAGUAUGAUGGAAUUGGAGAUACGGGGGAAAGCAUUCCACAAUCAGAGAGUGCUCUCCUUUCCUGUAAAACAGAAGAGAACAGAAUGGUUUCAGAACUUGGUGUUGGCUCAGGUGAUGAAGUAUCUCUCUCUCCUGAUGAUGCUUCACCUGCUCCACUUGACGGAACAUCUAUACCAGCAUGUCAGUCACCACCUGUUCUUACUCCUUCAGAGAUUCCUUCACCUUCUCCAUCUACUCAUUGUAUGACUGAUGCUACAUCACCUCCUCCUCUUCUCACAACUAAUCUUUCAUCACUUCCUGAUUCUUCAUGCAGUGUUCCUCCCACUCCAUCAUGCCCAUCACCAUUUUCUGCCAGUACACAAUCUCCGCUUCCAGUACUUUCACGUACGGUAUCCCCUUCACCACCACCUUCUCCUGCAACUGAUCAUUCAGUCUGUGAAUCUCCUGGUCCUCCUACUCUUUCUUCUUCUUCAUCCUGCAGCUCCUCCUCUUCUUCUUCUUCUUCUUCAUCUUCUUCGUCAUGCUCUUCUCCUCCACCUUUAUCUGUUGUUUCAUCUAUUGUAUCACCCCCUUUUAUCCCUGAUUCGUCAACAUUUGUUAAAAAAGAGAAGUCUGAGCAACAAGUGACACACAGUGAGCCUUCAAAUAUCAGGAAGAAUGAGUCUAUUGCUGAAAGUUUUAAUAAAACCUUUGUGUGCAAUGUUUGUGAAUCGCCAUUCACCUCUAUUAAAGACCUUGCCAAACAUAUUUUUGUGCACGCUGAAGAAUUUCCCUUCAAAUGUGAAUUUUGUGUACAGCUUUUUAAAGAGGUGUCAAACCUUUCAGAACACCGUUCCUUGCUUCAUGGAGUUGGGAAGAUUUUUGUUUGUUCCUUGUGCAAAAAGGAAUUUGCUUUUCUUUGUAACUUACAGCAACAUCAACAGGAUCUACAUGCAGAUAAAGAGUACAGUCAUCAUGAAUUGGAAAGUGGGACCCUUAGACCGCAAAACUUUACAGAUCCCAGUAAAGCAAAUGUAAUUCACAAUCAAAUAGCAGAGGAUGAUCCAAUGACUCCAUCUCCAGAAGAAGACGGUGAUUUAAAUGAUUCGUCAGAAGAACUUUAUACAACAAUAAAAAUUAUGGCUUCUGGGGAAAAGACAAAAGAUCCAGAUGUUCGGAUGGGCCUUAAUCAGCACUACCCCAGCUUUAAACCACCUCCUUUCCAAUACCACAAUAAAAAUCCCAUGGGUAUUGGGGCAACUGCAACAAACUUCACAACUCACAAUAUUCCACAAACCUUUACUACUGCUAUACGUUGCACUAAAUGUGGAAAAGGAGUUGACAAUAUGCCAGAGUUACACAAACAUAUUUUGGUAUGUGCUUCUGCAAGUGACAAAAAGAGAUACACCCCUCAAAAAAAUCCAGUUCCCUUGAGACAGACUGUGCAGCCUAAAAAUGGAGUUGUGGUUCUUGAAUCCCCUGAAAAGAACUCAUUUCGGAGGCUGGGACAGCCCAAGAAACUUAACUUUACCAUUGAAAUGGGUAAAAUGUCUUCAGGCAAACUCAAAUUGAAUGCCUUGAAAAAGAAAAAACAACUUGUCCACAAAGCAAUUGUGCAGAAGAACAAAACUGCCAAGCAAAAAUCAGAAUUUAAAAUGUCUCUUCCCUCUGAUCUCGAUUCUCACGUAUGUCCAUAUUGUAACAGGAAGUUCACCUACAUUAGAAGUCUGAACAAGCAUGCAUCCUUUAGUUGUCCAAAGAAGCCAGCAUCUCCACCACCCAAAAAACAUACAAAGUCAUCCAAAAAGGCUAAUUCUGGUUUUCCAUCAUCUACUAAGAAACGCAAGAUCAGCAGCACUCGGAGGACAGCUGACACUGAAAUAAAAAUGCAAAGCACAGAGACUCAUUUAGGUAAAACCAGAGCGAGAAGCUUGGCUCCUUCCCCUGUUCAGUUAAGUCCAGUACCGGUUAAAUACAAGCAAAGUGUGAAAAAUGCACCUCAGGUUAAAGCAAAAAAGCAGAAUCUUUCUAUUGUAAGGAACUCUAGCCCCUUGAGAAUAACCAAAAAUCAUACUGCCAUAGAGGGGAAAAAGAGAAAAAAAAUAGCACUGAGUAACUUGCAACAGUCCUUUGGUAAAGCAUCUCGGAAACUCCAUGUCAGAGUGCAAAAAGGCAAGUUACAAAAUAAAUCCAUGACAAAAAAGAAGAAAAAGGAUAAGUUCCGAGGCAAAUCUAGGGAGAGAAUUGGUGGCCCAAUUACUAGAAGCUCUCAACUAACUUCAAGCACGGAAUACCUAAACGAUAAACGAGAUGAUUCAUAUGGAAAACAUGAUUCAAGAACCAUGUUUUAAAGCAAGGCCUUCUGUCUAAUCAUCUGUAAACCAUGGAAUGACUGUUGCAUGAUAAAUCUAAAGCAAGCACUACAAGAACAAAUCUAAAUGCAAUUCAAGCUGCAAUUGACAAAUCCACAGUCCUUGCAGUGGAAAUCCUACUUUGAGUUUCCUUAAACGUCGUUUGGCAUGUUGAAAUAAAGGCUGCCCAUUCCAAAAUGGAUUCUGAACACUCAUCUGAGAUAUUCUAAUUUCUAAGAGUAAAAUAAUUUUUAAUACAAUUGUACUUGGAACAAAAGUAUAUUCAUGCAGGAAUUAUGAUCUUGAAUUAUGUCUCCUGUGUGUUUUUUUUUUUUUUUAUUUAAAUGUUGGCAAUUCAGGGUUUGGAAUUACAUUGCUGCAUUUGACACAAGCACCAAAUCAGUAAAAAGAAAGCUUGUAUGAAUUCUAAAGGUUACAUUUAAAAAUGAAUUUGGAAUUACAAUUUCGAAAUCUUGGAUAUUCAUCUUUAACCACCAGAUUUAAGAUAUAGCCUAUUAUAUUGUUAUAUUGUUUUGCUUUAUUUAGCCAUUUUUCAUUCAUCC